AUGGCCGCUUGGCCGACAUCACGCACAUUCCAAGUGGCGAACGCGGAUGAACGCACCUUCUUCCCCACGCGGAGAGCUCUUUACUUGGUUAAAGCUAUCUGUCCCCUCUCCAACACCUCCUCUGCCUCUACCUCAUCACCAAUUGACUCCCAUCAAAUCAAGCAUUCAAACAACCUAACUUACUACAUCUCAUCACCCCCCAUCCCCUCCCGUCCCGCUAACCAGACCGAGGCGGCUCACCCCAAGACGGACGCGGCCCAUCCGACUGACACUCGCGCCGCCCAGCAUGCACUGGAGCACACAAACAGCUGGACGCCCAAGCUCGACCGCCGCCAGAGCUGGAGCAAGGAGGAUCAGAAGAGAGCGCUGCAGAUGACCGGCAUCGCCGACGGGGAGUCCAAGAACUGA